AUGCUCUCGCUCGUGUUGAAGGCUCGCGCGGCCGCGGCGCGCCUGGGCGCGGUCGCGGUCGUAGCGUUUCAGCGCGUCCUCGUCCCCGGCCUCGACGGCGCGGUUCUAGACGCCGCGCGGGCGCGGGCCCUGGCGUCGCGCGCCGAGAACGACGACGGGCUCUUCGAUGCGUUCGUCCGCGCGAGGUACGGCGCGCCCGAGGACCUCCGGGCGCUCGCGACCCUGGGGCGCGCCGCGAAGCUCGGCGCGUGCCUCGAGGCCGAGCUCCUGGGGCCCGCGCUCGCCGGGGCCUGGGACCGCGAGUCGGAGCUGCUAUUCACGUUCUGGACCGCGGCGACGCGCGGCCGCCGCGCCGACGCGCCGUCCGCGGCGUUGUAUGUCUGGCCCGCGCUCCACGCGCUCGCCAUCAAGGACGUCGCCUGGCUCGACGCGUGCAUGUCGCGCCAGCGAACCGUGUCGUUCUCCAACUUCUCGAUAUCGUUCCAAUCGACGUGA